CAAGGAGCCACCCUAUACCACCACUACCACCAAGGAGCCACCCUACACCACCACUACCACCAAGGAGCCACCCUAUACCACCACUACCACCAAGGCGCCUCCCUACACCACCACUACCACCAAAGAGCCUCCUUAUACUACUACUACCACCAAGGCGCCUCCCUAUACCACCACUACCACCAAGGCGCCUCCCUACACCACUACGACCAAACAGCCUCCUUAUACUACGACUACUAAGGAGCCUCCGUAUACUACAACAACGACCAAGGCGCCUCCUUAUACUACCACCACCAAGGAGCCUCCCUACACUACAACAACGACCAAGGCACCUCCCUACACUACUACCACCAAACAGCCUCCAUAUACUACGACUACUAAAGAGCCUCCGUACACUACAACAACGACCAAGGCACCUCCCUACACUACAACAACCAAGGCGCCUCCAUAUACUACCACCACCAAGGAGCCUCCCUACACUACUACGACCAAGGCACCUCCUUAUACUACUACCACCAAACAGCCUCCAUAUACUACAACAACCAAGGAGCCUCCAUAUACUACGACUACUAAGGAGCCUCCGUACACUACAACAACGACCAAGGCACCUCCCUACACUACAACAACCAAGGCGCCUCCAUAUACUACGACUACUAAGGAGCCUCCGUAUACUACAACAACGACCAAGGCACCUCCCUAUACUACAACAACCAAGGCGCCUCCGUAUACUACCACCACCAAGGCGCCUCCGUAUACUACAACAACCAAGGCGCCUCCAUAUACUACGACUACCAAGGAGCCUCCGUAUACUACAACAACGACCAAGGCACCUCCCUAUACUACAACAACCAAGGCGCCUCCGUAUACUACCACCACCAAGGCGCCUCCGUAUACUACAACAACCAAGGCGCCUCCAUAUACUACCACUACCAAGGAGCCGCCAUAUACCACCACUACCAAGCCUCCCUAUACUACGACCACCAAGCCACCACAGACCACCGCCUGCAAGACAUUUACCAUCUGCGAUCCACAGAUAUACCUACCCACGGGUAUAUGGCAGACGCUGGCCUUGGCAUGAACUACAAGGCUACAAAUUACUAAAAGCAAGGACUCAAAGAAUCCUCCAAAGAACGGGGGCGCGGGAAAUGGGACCUAAACUGUCUGAAGUGGAAAUAGGUGUCGUUUGCUAUCCUCCAUCUUUGCAUUUUUCGCUAUUCACUCCUUUCCCGUGUCUGCGCCUUGACCUUUCGUAUGCGGGUUUUCUCUUGGCUUUAUCUUGUCCACACUAGUCUGGUACCUAAUGCCUUUUCAUUCAUUCGGUUUAGUAUUGUUGUGAGUUGUAAUAGUUAAUAAUCCUGAGAUGAAAAAAAAUAACAAGUUCUUUUUUCUG